UUGACUUCUAAUCGCGUCAUACAUUUUUUCCGUUUAAUUUUGAAGUACCAAACUCGAUUUGUGUUUUGAUUUUUGGAUUUUUUUAAUAGUGUUUUUGUGAUAUUUUUUUUAAAAUGACCUUUAAGCUCGCAUUAUUAGUGUUGUUCGCGACGUGCGCUCACGGCCGCCUCUUCACAUACUACCGGCCAGCGGACCUGCACCCGGAGCCGGCUCUCGUCCACGAGGAGCCUCAGCUUGUGUUUGACCAUCAUCACAUAUCCGAAGACGAACAUGUAGAUUAUUAUGCGUAUCCAAAGUACGAAUUCAAAUAUGGCGUCAAUGACUUCCAUACGGGCGACAUAAAGACACAUCACGAGAGCCGAGACGGUGACGUCGUCAAAGGGCAGUACACAGUAGUGGAACCAGACGGCUCAAUUAGGACAGUUGAUUACACCGCCGACAAACACAAUGGUUUCAACGCAGUGGUACACAGGACCGCACCAAUAACCCCCCACGAAGCAGCCCAUUAUAAAUUUGUUGAACAUUAGAUUUAUGUUUGUUAAUAAUUUGGAAAGAUUUCAACGUUUAUUAUGAGUAUCUUGUAUGUUUCUUAUUUAUUUCUGUUAUAACAUAAUUUAUGUUAUAGUGUUAAGUUGAAAUGUUUGUAUUCGGAGUUAAUUCCGAUCUCGUUUUUGUUAUUUCUUGGUUUAUUUAUUGUUGUUUUCACGCGUGGUACCUGACCUAUCGUUAGUUGUGUUACUAUUAAGUCAUUAUUUUAGUGUAAGUCGCUAUUAUUAUUAUAUUAUAAUGUUGUAUUUUAAAUGUUAAUAAAAUAAAUUGAAGUUU